AUACAUAGAAACGCUUCGGAUUUGGGAGAGCUCUGUCGACGGGUUUUAGUAGAGGGCUAGAGCACAGACAGCCAUCUUGGAAAAAGUGUUUUUGGUGAAGCACCCCAAAAUUUUGUGCGGGACUUGGAGAACAUCUAUAGGAAUUUAUCGGUUGUCAUCUGUCGUUUCGCUUCCGUUGUAUCAUCAGUUUUUGUUGUACAUCUUCAUAUUCCAAUGGCCGAAACAGAUAAACUCAACAUUGACAGCAUUAUAGCCCGACUUUUGGAAGUUCGUGGCUCCAGACCCGGGAAAAAUGUCCAGUUAACAGAGAAUGAGAUCAGAGGCCUGUGCUUGAAGUCUAGGGAGAUUUUCCUCUCGCAGCCCAUCUUGCUGGAGCUGGAAGCUCCACUCAAAAUCUGUGGAGAUAUCCACGGUCAGUACUAUGAUUUGCUGCGUUUGUUUGAGUAUGGAGGCUUCCCACCAGAGUCCAACUACCUCUUCCUGGGUGAUUACGUCGAUCGAGGGAAGCAAUCUCUCGAAACUAUCUGUCUGUUGCUGGCCUACAAGAUUAAGUACCCAGAGAAUUUCUUCCUGCUAAGAGGCAACCACGAGUGUGCCUCUAUCAACCGUAUCUACGGCUUUUACGACGAGUGCAAACGGCGCUACAAUAUCAAGCUAUGGAAGACCUUCACAGAUUGUUUCAACUGCCUACCCGUGGCGGCCAUUGUUGACGAGAAGAUCUUUUGCUGCCACGGCGGUCUCAGCCCCGAUCUCCAGAGCAUGGAACAAAUUCGCCGAAUUAUGAGGCCCACAGACGUACCCGAUCAGGGUCUGCUUUGCGACCUUUUGUGGUCUGACCCUGACAAGGACACGAUGGGCUGGGGUGAAAACGACAGAGGAGUCAGCUUUACUUUUGGUGCGGAAGUUGUUGCUAAAUUCCUUCAUAAACACGACAUGGAUUUGAUCUGCAGAGCUCAUCAGGUUGUUGAAGACGGAUACGAGUUUUUCGCAAAGCGUCAGCUCGUGACCCUCUUUUCGGCACCCAAUUAUUGUGGCGAGUUCGACAAUGCCGGAGCUAUGAUGUCAGUCGAUGAAACGCUGAUGUGCUCUUUCCAGAUUCUCAAGCCAGCCGAUAAGAAGAAAUUUCCGUACGGAGGCUUGAACACCGGCCGACCCAUGACGCCCCCGCGAGGUGGACCGCAGGCCAAACAAAAUAAAGGAAAAAAUAAAUAAAUCUACUACCCGCAUCCCUUUAUGUCCGUCUGACAGACGGGCAAUGUUUGACUAGCGUUUAGGAACAAAAAGAAGCAAAAAAAGAAAAGAAAUCGAGGUCUUGAAUUGGAUGUUUCACCGACGAAUUGUUAUCAUGAACCUCCAAAUUACACACAAAAGUAAAACAAAAAAAAAAUUACACAAGUUAUUUUAAGCGUUGCAAUCGGAUGGCUUCGUGCGAAUGCUGUAUCGAAAUAAAAAAAGGGGGGCAGAAGAGGAUCAAGGGAUCGUCGAUGGGGGGAGGGAAUUGUAUUACUAAAAAAAAAGAAAGGAUUGGUUCUACCAAUUGUACCUUUUGAUUUCAUUCUUGUGUUUUUUUUUCUUUCAUUCUCCCUUUUAAUCUUAUCACAAGUGACGAACUGUAAAGCGACGACGAUGUAGUUAAACUUCCCUCCUGAUCCUGAAAAUUAGCCGAGUUCGAAUUUUCUUUCUUCGAACCCCCAAACCCCACCAUUUGUCAUGUGUCUGUUGUGUAUUUAAGAAAAAAAAAAGUCCUGAAAUAUCUCCCACGUCUUUUUGUUUUUUUCUCUCCGACCCCCUUUACCAUUUACUCUUCCUCCAAGGAGUUAGCACUCGGGCGAUAUACACACAAAAUAUGUUCUCCAUAUUGAUUCUGUCCAUCUUAUUUUGAUCCCGUCAUUACAAUAAAUGAACAGAAAUGUGCAACCAAAA